UGUCAACUAAAAAAAGAGGUUAUGUAUUUUUUGGGGCGGUUCAAAGAAAACAAUAAUAAAACUUUAAUAAUCAUUUAAUUAAUGAUUUUCUGUUUUCAACCAUAAUGGCUCAAUCUUCUGAAGCAGCGAAACUUCAGCAGCACUUGCAGCUUCUGAAACAAGAAUAUUCCAAGCUGCAAAUCAAAUAUAGAGAAAUAGAAUAUAAAUACAACAAUUUGGUAGCCUCAGACAUCAAAAAUGCAGAAGACACUUUUGCUUCUCGACUAUUAAAGUUAAUUAACAAUCUAUACGAUUCAGAAACGUACAGUGAUAUAAAAAUAAAGCUUAAAGACAGAGAAAUUAAUGCCCAUAAACUAAUUUUGAAUGCUAGAUUAAAUAUAUGGAGUGAUAAUGCCUUGAACAACAAAACAGAUCUAGAUUGGUCUGAUAUAGAUCCUGAAGUAGCUAAUUCUAUAAUUUUAUGGAUUUAUACUAACAAUUUGAAUCUAUCUUCAUCAGUUUUGACCCUGAAACUCAUCAAAAAGGCUCAUGAAUUUAAGUUAGACAAUCUUGUAGAGCUUUGUGAACAAUUCCUAAUAUCCGUCGUUAAUAUUAGAUCAUGUGUUAAAUUCUAUUCUGUUGCUGAAGAAAUAGAAGCGGAUAAUUUGAGAGAGUACUGUUCUGGUUUGAUUUCUACUCAUUGGGAUGAUUUGAAUUCUACUGAUUUUGACCAUAUGUCAGGACCUCUGUUGUAUAAAAUGUUGAAAAACAAGACUCAAUUGCCUCUACAUUCAGCUGUGAGAUUGCAGAGAGAAGAUGUUGUUUUCUUGUGUUUGGUUGAGAACUCUUCCAAGUUGUCAGACAUAGUAAAUCUUUGGAGUCCAACUGGUGAAUUACCUCUUGAUCUUGCUCUGAGAUCUCACAAUGACAGCAUAGCUGCGACUCUACUCCAACAUAAUGCCGACAUCAACAUCCGAGAUACUAAUGGAGACACACUUCUACAUAGGGCUAUUAAAAAAGAAGAUUCCUUUUCUGCACUGUUUCUGCUCGAACACAACUGCGAUGCUACUCUAUCAACAAGAAAUGAAAAUGAUUCUCCACUACAUUUAAUUGCUGGUGCAAAUAACAUAGAAAACUAUGAGAAAAUUGCUGAGAAAUUAAUCAACAAAAAUGUGAAUGUCAAUGCACAAAACAGACAAGGAUUCACAUCUCUUCAUAUUGCUAUCCAAGCAGACAACAAACCAAUCUUCCAACUUCUUCUAAAGCAAGACUAUAUAAACGUCAAUUUAAAAACCAACGAAGAACAUGCUCCACUUUAUUACGCCAUGUUGAAAUACGAAUCUGGAGACGAUGGGGAAGACUCAUAUGCAGCUUUGUUGCUUAAACACGAAGUCCACACUUCUCCCAUAUAUUCAGAGAACUGCAAUAGUCUCUUACAGGUACUAAUUUUGAAUGGAGCUCAAACUGCUGCCAUUUAUUUGAGUGAAAAGCUAUCAGGAAAUUUAAAUCAUGUCAAUACUGAAGGUAAGA